AGCCGCCUUCGUUCACUGUCCCUAGGGUGACGUGGUAUUGUAUUGUUUUUUGAUUUGUAAGAUUAAAAUAUAAAAAAAGUAAAUCAAAUAUGGCCAACUUUGGUGGACAAAAUGAAUUUUACUCGUCUGGCGAUAAUUCGUAUAACUUUGAUAUGCCGGAAUUUGAUCAGGAGUUAGACUUUCAGAAUUUUGAAAAUACGCAAACAUCGGUUCCGCCAAAUUAUGACUUAAAUUACGCGAACACCAAUAGCAGUGGAAUGAGCUCUUUUUAUGACCCAAGCGCAUAUUCGCAAAAUGCUUAUGACCAAAGUGACAAACGUUUCAAAGCUGGUGGCAGUGUAGGUAAUGACUUCGAAGAUGAACCGCCCUUAUUGGAAGAGUUGGGUAUUAACCCUAAUCACAUAUUUCAAAAGACUUUGGCUGUAUUAAAUCCAAUGCGUGGAGCGGACCAACAAAUACUUCAAGACACAGAUAUGGCGGGUCCAUUGGUAUUCUGUUUGGCGUUGGGUGGAUUUUUAUUAUUGAGUGGAAAAGUCACAUUUUCUUACAUAUACGGCAUUGGUGUUAUGGGAAGCAUUGCAUUUUAUUGUUUACUUAGUCUAAUGGCAUCACAAGCUAAUGUUACUUUCGGUGCUGUUGUAUCUGUUUUAGGAUAUUGUUUACUACCGAUGGUCGUUCUAUCAGGCGUAAACGUCUUGAUUACUAUACAGGGAACUGUUGGUUUAAUUGUUGCUGCAGUUUGUAUAUUUUGGUGUUCAUUGUCAGCCUCCAAACUUUUUGUGACAGCAUACUCAAUGGAUCACCAACAAGUUUUGAUUGCAUACCCUUGUGCUUUACUAUAUGGAGUAUUCGCAUUAAUAACAAUAUUUUAGAAAUAUCAUAUUGUAGAUUACAGCAAAAAUAAAAUAUAUCUAUUACUGCAGCAAACAGAA